GUGUGCGUGAGUAAGAAGUUAGUUGCGUCUAUGUGUGUGCGCGUAUGCUCUGCUUUUGUUGAGAAUUCAAAAACAAGUGUAGCACGUGAGCGUAAACACGUGAAACAAUAGAAGGAUCGCUAAAGCAAACGUUCAACAUGAGUGUUCAAAAUUCCGAUAACGAAGGACCAAGUGAAUAUGCAGUUGUGUGCUUUUUACCAAGACGAGGUCCUGGUGACGAUGAAAUUGAUUUGGUCCCAUAUUCAUGGAUUGACAUUGUGGAAGAAAAAUUAUAUUGCUAUUAUCCGAAUACAAAAAAAGAUUUAAAUAAAAGAGACAAAUAUUUAGAGAAAAAAUCUCGACCAAAGAAAAACUGGACACUUUGUGAAGUCGAAAUAAUCUCGAGUACUGAUACUUUAGAAAGAGGAAAGCGACACUUAAAACGUGCCGAAAUCACGAUGAACGUCAACAGUGACGAGCCGGGACGAGCUGAUUCCCCGACUGUUUACAACUCUCAUCUGCAGGUAUAAGUCGAGAACUAGAUGAUGUAGAGGGUAUGGAUUCAUUUUCAUCGAGGAAUGAACCAAAAAUAGUUGCUGGUGAAAAGAUUGCAACCAAAAAAUCAUCAAACAAAAAAGAUCCCGUCAGUGGUACAUCUUAUGUUUUGACCGACUAUGAUACUGACUCCGUGUCAUCGUUGUUACUUAAAAAUAGUAAUUAUCCUCGAGUUACUGAAAGUAACAAUUCAAAAGAACCUAAAAAUGGCUGGAAAAGACUAACCGUGAUAAAUUCAGAUAAAACUAACGAGGGUGCUUGUAGCAAUUGUGGCUUAUCAAAAGAAUAUAUUGACUCAAAAUUUACUGAGUUAUUUAAAAAGCUAGAUAAAAUGAAGUUCAGUCUUUUAUAUGAAGUACAGAAGCAAGGCAGUAAUAUACAAUCCCAAGUAAUAAUGAAUUCAUCAUCAAGUAAGGCUCCUAAUAAGUCGUUGAGUGAAGUGAAAGAAGUUUAUAAAGAGAUAUUUCCCUUUAAUGACCUUCAUAAUUUCAAAAACUUUGAUGAUAAGUUAAAUGAUGAAAGUGAAAGGAAUAAUUUAAAAAGCUUAUUUGAAGUAUUAACCUAUGGUGAAAAGGAUCUUAACGCUUGCAUUAGAAAGACGCUGUCUGAAGUUAUUGCUCCAGCAGUGCAACAGCACUACUCUGGAGCUGGACGUAAAAUUCGUGGAGAGAGCAAACUAAAUUUUAGCGCCACUAAAACAUAUGUUUGUUUAUCAGAUGUUUUACUAAAAAAAUUCGGUGACUCGGAACAAAUUAAAAAUUUAAGGUCAAGCGUUGGGUCAUUUUUGGCUAAUUUUGCAGACAGAGAUGGCAGUAAAAAAAAAAACGGGCGUAAACUAUUAAACUUAUAAAUAUUUUUCCAUUAUAACUGUUAUUAUUAAUAUUGUAACUUUUAUUAUUGCUAUUAUUAUUAUUCUAUCAUUACUACUAUAUUAUAUUAUUAUAUCAUUACUACUAUUAUAACUAUAUUAAU